ACUGGAAUACACAAAAACACAUCCAAAUGACGAAACGCACGUCUGUGGGUAAGAGGACGAAAUAUAAUCGUUCCUUUACCUUUUCAAAACCGCUCCAUCUCAUCGCUCGCGCGAUGCCCAACCAGCCCAAACAGAAAAGAAGAAGGUUGAAAAAGCUAAAUGGGAGCAUUAGGAAGCUAAAAUGGGACAUGGUAGAAAUAAGUGAGGAACAAAAGGAGAUCAAAGAGGGGCAAAGACAAGUAAGAGAAAAAUUCGAAGCCAUCGAAUCCCAAUACGAUCAACUUCGGCAGGAGACUAACCAAAUUAUGCACCACACCCUCAACACCCAACUCCGUCUUGCUUUGAUGUUCCAAAUCUUGAAAGCAAGAGAAAACCACGACUACCACAACGCCGCCAAACUCACCUCUGCUCUCCGUGAAUUGGUAGCGCAAGACAACCGGCAAAGGAGUGUUUUUCAGAAUGAAGGUUGAGGGCGAAUUAUACUGUUAUAUGCAUUUAUCCUUAAUUAAUCUUAGGUAGUAAUAAGAGUGAAGCUGAACUUUCAAAUAAGUCCUUAUCCUUUUAUCUUGCUCUUAAAUAAGCCCUUAUAUCUCAUAAAAUGUUGAUUUUAAGUGCUUGUGUUGAGUAUAAAUUCAAGGGCUUAUUUAAGUACGAUUAAAGGUUAUGGGGUUUUUUUAUUG